GCCUCAGCCCAGUCCAUGUGGGAUCCUGCACAUCCCCUCUCACCAUCCCGUAUCCCUGCAGAGUGUGGGGCCGGACACGUCGACCUAGUGAUGGUGAUCGAUGGCUCCAAGAGUGUCCGGCCCCAGAACUUCGAGCUGGUGAAGCAGUUUGUGAACCGCAUUGUGGAUCUACUGGAAGUGUCCCCUGAUGGCACACGUGUGGGGCUGGUGCAGUACUCCAGCCGUGUCCGCACUGAGUUCCCCCUCAACAAGUACCACAGUGCAGAGGAGAUCAAGGAGGCGGUGAUGAAGAUGGAGUACAUGGAGAAGGGCACCAUGACAGGCUUGGCCCUCAAGCACAUGGUAGAGCACAGCUUCUCUGAACUAGAAGGGGCCAGGCCACUCUCCCACAACGUGCCCAGGAUCGGGCUCGUC